UGAUGGUGCCCUACAACCUUCUAAGGAGUCCCAAAACACUGAUUUCUCUGGACUUUGCACACCUCCAAGAGAAGAACCCAGAAAAUUGAUCACUACUGACAGUUCUAAAAAACUAUGCCCCACUUGUUGGUGACUUUCAGAGAUGUGGCCAUUGACUUCUCUCAGGAGGAAUGGGAAUGCCUGGACCCUGCUCAGAGGGACUUGUACAGGGAUGUGAUGUUGGAGAACUACAGCAACCUGAUCUCAUUGGACUUGGAAUCCAGUCGUGCGACCAAAAAGUUAUCUCCAGAAAAGGAAAUUUAUGAAAUGGAAUCACUCCAGUGGGAGAAUAUGGGGAAACUUAUCAACCAUCAAUACAAUGGUCUUGGAGACAAUAUGGAGUGCAAAGGCAACUUAGAGGGUCAAGAAGCAAGUCAGGAAGGGCUUUACAUGUGUGUCAAAAUUACCUGUGAAGAAAAGGCCACUGAAAGUCAUUCAACCUCUUCUACUUUUCAUCGGAUAAUUCCUACCAAGGAAAAAUUGUACAAAUGUAAGGAAUGUAGACAAGGUUUCAGCUAUCUCUCAUGCCUUAUUCAACAUGAGAAAAAUCAUAAUAUAGAAAAAUGCUCUGAAGUUAAGAAACAUAGGAAUACCUUUAGCAAAAAGCCAGGCUAUAUUCAACAUCAGAGAAUUCAGACUGGUGAGAAACCUUAUGAGUGUAUGGAAUGUGGAAAGGCCUUUGGUCGUAGUUCUGAUCUCAUUCAACAUCAGAAAAUUCAUACUAAUGAAAAACCUUAUCAGUGUAACGCAUGUGGGAAAGCUUUUAUUCGUGGUUCACAGCUCACUGAACAUCAGAGAGUUCAUACAGGAGAGAAACCAUAUGAAUGUAAGAAAUGUGGAAAAGCCUUCAGUUAUUGUUCACAAUAUACUCUUCAUCAGAGAAUUCAUAGUGGUGAAAAACCCUAUGAAUGUAAGGAUUGUGGGAAGGCCUUUAUUCUUGGCUCUCAACUUACUUACCAUCAGAGAAUUCAUAGUGGUGAGAAACCUUAUGAGUGUAAGGAAUGUGGAAAGGCCUUUAUUCUUGGUUCACACCUUACAUACCAUCAGAGAGUUCAUACUGGUGAAAAGCCUUACAUAUGUAAAGAAUGUGGGAAAGCCUUUUUAUGUGCCUCCCAACUGAAUGAACACCAGAGAAUUCAUACAGGAGAGAAACCUUAUGAAUGUAAAGAAUGCGGGAAGGCCUUUUUUCGUGGCUCACAACUUACUUACCACCUCAGAGUUCAUUCAGGUGAGAGACCCUAUAAAUGCAAAGAAUGUGGGAAAGCCUUUAUUUCUAAUUCUAAUCUUAUUCAACAUCAAAGAAUUCAUACUGGAGAGAAACCCUACAAAUGUAAGGAAUGUGGAAAGGCCUUUAUUUGUGGCAAACAACUUAGUGAACAUCAGAGAAUUCAUACAGGUGAGAAACCCUUUGAAUGUAAGGAAUGUGGAAAGGCCUUUAUUCGUGUUGCAUAUCUUACUCAACAUGAGAAAAUUCAUGGGGAGAAACAUUAUGAAUGUAAGGAAUGUGGGAAGACCUUUGUACGUGCUACACAACUUACAUGUCAUCAAAGAAUUCAUACAGGUGAAAAGCCGUACAAAUGUAAGGAAUGUGACAAGGCCUUUAUUUAUGGCUCACAACUUAGUGAACAUCAGAGAAUUCACAGAGGUGAAAAACCUUAUGAAUGUAAACAGUGUGGGAAGGCUUUUAUUCGUGGCUCACACCUUACUGAACAUCUGAGAACUCAUACUGGAGAGAAACCCUAUGAAUGUAAGCAAUGUGGGAAGUCCUUUAGUCGUGGCUCAGAACUUACUCUGCAUCAAAGGAUCCAUACUGGUGAGAAACCCUAUACAUGUGUCCAGUGUGGUAAAGACUUCAGACGUCCUUCACAACUUACUCAACAUACAAGCUUUCAUAAUUGAGAAAGCCUUGAAUAUGAUUAAAUUUAAGAAAAUCUUCCAUCUAUUUCAUAUCUAUGAUGAAUGUAGAACAUCCUCUUGCUUCUGCUCAGAACUACUCAUUCUUAGAAGGCCUACAUUAACAUGGAUGCAGAAUAAUUUCAGAAACCCCUUAAAUAAUUAACAUCUCUAUAAACCCUAGAAUAUAAUGCUGCAUUACAUCCUUUAUUAAGCAUCAUCUCCAUUUCACCAUAUCCUAACUGAAAUUGUAUAUACUUCUUGUUUUUUUUCUAUUUGUAAAAUACUGUAAUUGUAUUACAGUGACUAAAUUAUAAUUAAAUGCAUACAAUUCCCUUUGGA